AUGGAGAAAAGCUAAAGAAGGUACAUGUUUCUUUGCAAACAUUUCUCCAUCAUGUCCGUACGAGUAAAAUGUCGAGCGAUGCGGAAAAACAACCAGCCAACUUGCUUCAACUGACGAAUAAGUCCUGGCCUGGCAGUGGUGCUUGUCUAAUGGCAGCAGUUUGGCAGCAGGUGUUGGCAGUGGACGCCAGGUACAAUGCUUACCGCACGCCCACCUUCCCGCAGUUCCGAACUCAGUAUAUCCGGCGCCGAAGCCAGCUGCUCCGAGAGAACGCCAAGUGCGGCUUCGAGCCUGGUGUGCGCAGGCACUAUCUAAGGCUGCGCGGGCAGCUUUUAGCUCUGCGCUACGGGCCGCUGUCGGAGCAGAGCAGCUUUCGUGCUAGCAGCGUGCGCAGCUCCCGCACUACGCUGGACCGCAUGGAGCAGGACUUUGAGGAGGACCCUCGCGCCCAGGGUGCUCGGGGGCACCGGCGCUCCGUCAGCAGAGGCUCCUACCAGCUUCAGGCGCAGAUGAACAGAGCCGUCUACGAUGAAAGACCUCCGGGCAGUUUGGUGCCCACCUCAGUGGCGGAAGCCAGUCGAGCCAUGGCCGGGGAUACGAGUUUGAGUGAAAACUAUGCUUUCGCUGGAAUGUAUCACAUAUUUGACCAGCAUGUCGAUUAUGCAGUUCGACGCUUGCAGUUCGCUAACGACGAUAAGCAUCUCCUGGCUUGCUGCUCACUGGAUGCCACCUUGUCCAUUAUGAGCCUGUCGCCACCACCUGCCAGUGUCAAGGUGGUCCUGAAGGGCCACGGGGGCCCCGUCAGCGACUUCGCUUGGUCCCUCAGCAACGACGUCAUCGUGUCAGCCUCGCUGGACGGGACGCUGCGCAUCUGGAACACCGAGGAUGGGCGUUGCAUCCGCGAGGUCCGAGACCCGGAAUCCAGCGAGCUGCUCUGCUGCACAUUCCAGCCCAUGAAUAACAACCUCACCGUGGUGGGCAACAGUAAGCACCACUUGCACGUGGUGAACAUCUCCACGGGCAAGAAGGUGAAGGGCGGCUCCAGCAAACUGACUGGCCGCGUCUUGUCGCUCUCCUUUGACUCUCCGGGAAGGAUUCUGUGGGCGGGCGACGACAGGGGCAGCAUCUUCUCGUUCCUCUUCGACAUGGCCACAGGGAAACUGACCAAAGCCAAGCGUUUGGUGGUGAGCGAAGGCAGCUCCAUCUGCAGCAUCUCGGCUCGGUCCUGGAUCAGCCGAGAGGCACGAGACCCCUCGCUGCUGGUUAACGCUUGCGUCAACAAGCUGCUGCUCUAUAGGGUGGUGGACAACGAAGGCGGGCUCCAGCUGAAGAGAAGCUUCCCCAUCCAGCACGGCUCACAGCCGGUCCACAGCAUCUUCUGCCCGCUUAUGUCCUUCAGACAGGGCGCGUGUGUGGUGACGGGCAGCGAGGAUGCCUGCGUGUACUUCUUCGACGUGGAACGCAACACCAAGGCCAUCGUCAACAAGCUGCAGGGUCACGGCGGGCCCGUGCUGGACGUCAGCUUCAACUGCGACGAGAGUCUGCUGGCCUCAGCGGACUCCACCGGCAUGGUCAUCAUCUGGAGACGGGAGCAAAAGUAAACCGCGACAAGAAAAUCCACGGAAAAUUCACCAUCAAGUGUGGCGUCGUUAACUAAAAAAACUUACUCAAGUAAAUGUAACCCGUGACUACCCACCUCGGGAAAUUACUUUGCUUUUCAGGUGUGCUACGUCCAAUUUGUAUUUGACAUUCCGCACGGUUUAACUUACUUUGUGCUUAUGUAUGUUUGUGUGUGUCUACUGUGUAUAUUUAUUGCUGAUGCUAAAAACUGAAAAAUAAUAAACUACUGUAAAUGGCUGACUUUGAGCCAUCACAUCUUCAAUUUGGAAUGUCAAAACCAUCUCAACCUGUUUUAAUUUUUUUUCAUUUAUUUCUCUCACAAAUUUGAACCGGGAGGAAAUUGGACAUCUAUUGCUGUCAAUGGCAGUGAUAGUGAAUUUACAUUGUUAUUUCGCUAACAAGACAUUGAAAAUAAACGUAUGAUAAAUACUGCUUUUCAGUUUACGAUUAGACAGAAUCUGUCAGUAACUGUGCAUCAAAUCAUUGCGCCAUUGACGGAGAUAGAUGUCCAAUUCAUUUAAAUUGGGAAGGUUGGCAGCGAUCACUCGCCAUAAAUAGCGAGGGAGUUUAUAAUUCACUGACGACAGUACAUUAAACAUGAAAGCGCUGAAUACUAAUUUUCGUUAUUGUACAGAAUGUGAUCAUUUGCAAUUAAUCUAAUAUUGGGCUGCGGCUAUCGAUUAUUUUAGUCGCUUUAUCGGUGAACUUGUUAGUUCGAAUAUUUGAGUAAUCGGAUAGGGAACAUUAAAAAAAAAAAAAAUACCUGAGCGGAGCCUCAAACGUUAAAAAAAAAUAAGAGGAUCUAAGUACAACAAAAGAACAAUUGGCGAAUUUAGCAAAAGACCACUAGCUUAAAUGCUAUAAAUUGCUAACAUUUUUUUUUUUUUUUAAUCCUCUUAACAAAUAGUUCAAAGUUCAUAUU